UUAUCUCUUUCCACUUUCAUCGCUUCUUCGAACAGUCUUUGACUCUGAGGAGCUCCAAUAAUGGCGAUUUCUCCGAGAAUUAUCUCUGCAACUGCGRCCACUUUGUGUUUAACCUUUAUCCUGUGUUCCAUUAACAUCCAUCCUUCUCUCGCCGUACCAGACGACGACGUCUUGGAACUUCCUCUUCCGAUCGUUUCCACUGUGGAACCGCCUAUCAAAUCGGUCCACGACCUCCUCCCCGAAUUCGGCCUCCCAAAGGGUCUCCUCCCCGACGCCGUCACAUCCUAUUCACUAUCCGACAACGGAGACUUCUCUGUCGAGCUUGAGCGCCCGUGUUACGUCCAUUUCGACGAACUCGUAUACUAUGACACCAAGAUCACAGGGAAACUCAGCUAUGGAGCUGUAACCAAUGUGUCGGGGAUUCAGGCAAAGAAGCUAUUCUUGUGGGUGAGCAUCACAGGAUUUCAAGUCAACGAAGCCUCGGACACGAUUACCUUCUACGUCGGGGCUCUGUCGGAGAAAUUGCCGGCUAAGCAGUUUGGGACAAUUCCCCAAUGUAAGAGCAAAGCGUGCCAAGGGAGAAAAGAUGUAUCUCCUUUGGUUGCUGAGGUAUAAUUCGGUAUAUCCUCUUUUGCUGCCACCCACUUCAGCUUGAAGUUCUUCAGUUCCAUGCAAGAUGGAGAAUAUCAAUAGAUGCAUGCUGAUGUGUUUACAUGUUCUGUAUUCAGAAUGUUAUGUUUCAGUGAAGAACUUCUAUUACCACAAGUAAAAUUUCUCUUGGUCUCUAGACAUAUUAUGUAUGUGAAUGCCAUGUUUGUGUAUGUAGCUGUAACUAAGCAUUCAUGAAAGGAUCUUCCCUGUUCUAAUCCAUCCAUGGUAUGGCCUUGAAAUGUUUCUCUGAGCUGUAUAAAAUUAGAUUCUUAUGAGCU